AUGGCAAAAAACAUUGAUAAAAUCUAUAUUUUAACAAAAUUUAAUAAAUUCUUUACUUCAAAAGAUUUUGGCUUACAAGUAACGACGAAAUUACCAAAAUUUUAUUUUAACAACGGAAGUAUUAUAAAUGUUAAUAAUAAUAAUGUUAAUUUAAUACGAUUUUUCAAAACAACACCCCGUUUUAAUUCAACAAUUGAAGUUACAAAUGCACAAGAACAAGUCCCAAUACCAUCAUCUACAUCAUCAUUUUCACCUAAUGAGAUUGAGUUGGUUAAUUAUGAUCCACUGAUGGAGUUAACAAAAAGUAAAAAUAAUAUACCAAAAUUGAAUCAAAUUUUUCAAGGCAUGAAAUCCAAAAAUAUUAAACCUGAUAUUGCAGCCUAUAAUAUUUUUCUAGAAGCUUAUUCAAAAUACUCGGAUUCAGUUGAAUCCACAAAAGUUUUACGAGAUAUGCUAGAAGGUGGUGUUAAACCUAAUUUAGAAACAAUUAAUAUCAUAUUAAAGACAUGUGCAAAAAAAAGUUUUAUCUUACAACAAGAUCCAAUUCUUCGAGAGUUUGCUUUUGACUUAAUAAGUCAAUUUCAACUUGAACCAAAUGUAACUACAUAUGAAUAUUAUAUUGAUGCAAUGAUAGAAAAUAAUGAAUUUGAACGUGCACUAGAUUUCUUUAUAACAAUCAAAAGCCAAAAUUUUAAACCAUCAGUUCAACUUUAUCAAAAGAUCAUUAAAGGUUUUAUAGGUUCUAAUGACGAUGUUAUAGUGCUUGAAUUAAUGAAAUUAUCCGAAGAAGAUGGGUAUAAAUUGUUUGCUAAUAUGUAUUUGGACAUUCUAAGAAUUUGUGCUUAUCAAUAUAAUGUGGAAGGUGCAAUCAAGUGUUGGGAUAUUGUUACUAAAGAUGGAGUCGGGCUGGAUGAGGGUUUAUGUAUAAAUUUGUUAAACUUAGCAUCAGUGUCUGGCGAAACAAAACUAGCAACCAAGGUGAUUAAACAUUUAAUGACUGCUCAUAAAUUAUUUGAUUUAGAAUCAUACCAUUUAGAACCAUUCCUUGAAACAUUUGUUACUAAAAGCGAUUUGAAAAAAGCUUUUGAUAUAUUAAACAUUAUAAGAUCUUCAAAAUAUAUACCUACUAUAAAAACAAUUUCAUCAAUUGUUAAAUACAUAGAGAAAAGUACUGAUUUGAUUGACAAGGCUUAUUGUACAUUAGAAGAAUUACACAAAGAAGGUAAAAAGGUUGAUAUAUUAGCAUUUAAUGCAAUUAUCAUUGCUUGCAAGAGAAUUAACAAUAAGCCAAAUAGUGCUGAUUUGAAAAGAGCUGUCGAAACUUUUAAAUCAAUUGAGAAAUUUGGCAUAAAACCUGACUUGGACACAUUCAAUGCUUUAAUAAAUGUGUCUGUCUACUCUCGCCAUAAGGAAUUAGGCGAGGAAUUUUUCAAGGAGCUAAAGGAAGCUUAUGGUCUUAAACCAAACAUUGACACUUAUAGGCGUAUGAUAUUUUUGUGUUUGAAUCAACCAAAUUAUGAGGAUGCCUUUAAAUAUUUAGAAGAAAUGAAAUCAAAAAAUAUAUUGCCAAGCAUUGAAAUCUAUGAAAGAAUUAUUAGAAAAUGUGUUAUGAAUAAUGAUGCAAGAGCUAAAAUAGCUUUGGAAGAAAUGAAAAAUUUGGGUUAUAGACCUACAAUGGAUAUUAUUGAUUCUGAUAAUUUAUUGAAAAUGCUAAAUGAAGCAUCAUUCAAUCAAAAUAGAGGAAGUGAACCAACUAUAAAAGAUGAACAUAUUGCUCAAUUAGAUGCUUUCUUUGAAAAAAUUCUUAACCAAAAAGGCUAA